AUGAAGAUGACAGGUGUACCUGGCUGCCUCCUCUCCCUCCACCUUCUGCUGUUCCUCCAGCUGCCUUCCAGCCAUGCAGGACAGUUCAGAGUGAUGGGUCCAGCGCGCCCCAUCCGGGCUCUGGUUGGGGAUGAAGUGGAGCUGCCGUGCCGCAUAGCUCCUGGGAAGAACGCUACAGGCAUGGAGGUGGGCUGGUACCGGCCGCCUUUCUCCAGGGUGGUUCACCUCUACCGGAAUGGCAAGGAUCAAGAUGCAGAGCAGGCCCCGGAAUACCGGGGCCGGACAGAGCUGCUGAAAGACACCAUCAGCGAAGGAAAGGUGACCCUCAAGAUCCGGAAGGUUCGGUUCUCAGACGAAGGGGGCUUCACCUGCUUCUUCCGAGAUCAUUCCUACCAGGAGGAGGCGGCCAUGGAGUUGAGAGUAGAAGAUCCCUUCUACUGGAUCAACCCAGGGAUGCUGGUUCUCAUCGCUGUACUGCCCGUGCUUCUCCUGCAGGUCACCGUGGGCCUCGUCUACCUCUGCCUGCAGCGCAGACUCAGAGGAAAACUUCGAGCAGAAAUAGAGAAUCUCCACCGGACCUUUGAUCCGCACUUUCUGAGGGUGCCCUGCUGGAAGAUAACCCUGUUUGUCCUCGUGCCAGUGCUUGGACCCCUGGUUGCCCUGAUCAUUUGCUACAACUGGCUACACCGAAGACUAGCAGGUACAGUGGCUGAGCAGCGAACCCCCAACCUGUGAGGGCCAAGGCAGCUCUGAAGGGAAAACAGAAAGAGGGGGAAUCAAGGCUUAAAACUCAGGAGCCGAGAACAACCUGUGGGGUCCUUCGGUGAAAAGAGCAGUCAGUCAGACAACCCUUUGGUCCAGAGGGAGGAUGUGGGAGAGGCAAGGCUAGUCGUUUCCCACUGAUCACCUGCUUGUUUUUCUGUUUUCAGGGCAAUUUCUGGAAGAGCUACGUAAGUUCUCUUCUCUUUCUUUUAAGUUUAACUGAAUACCACAUGAUGUGAUAUCCACAUUUUCCCCCCCAAGAUUGAGUCAUUUGAAAG